AUGACUGAAAAUAAUAAUGCGAAUGCAAAUACGGCAGAAAAUGGUGCGAAGCGUGUCAAUGAAUUUCAUCGUGGCACAACUUACAACGGUUUUUUGCCAGUGAGGCCUGAUAUGUCCGAAGAGGCUGUGUUAAUCAGGUGAGCCUAAAUUUUGUGAGUCCAAGACUUAUAGAGGGACUUAUAGAAAAUAUAAAAUGUAUUCGAUAUUAUUCUUGGUCCUCGCGCUGGUUUUUUUCAUUUCCACAAUCGUCAUAUCUAUCAUUCUUGGUAUCAAUGUCAAAUCGAUUCAUUAUUUGGUGAGUUCAAAAGACCAACAUCAAUCUAAUACAAUAACCUGUUAUAGGAAGAUCAACUGGAAAUCUGCAUUGAUAAUCAAAAAAGUGCUAUGAAAACUGAUUAA